UCCUUUCCUCCCCGGAAACCAGAAGCUUUGCCACUACUAGUAUUGGGGCUGAGCUGAGGGGGCCAGGCCCAAGGAAGAGUGGGAGUAAGGGAGGCUGUGACAGCUCUCGGGCCAUGAGCCAGGCUGACUGCCGGCUCAGGUCAGUGUGCUAGCAGACUCGACUCUCACAUCAGCAGUCAUGAGCAAAGGUGACAACUGCACGGAUCUGCUGGCGCAGGGAAUUCCCUCCAUACACGAGGCCUGGGGACUAUGGGCCCUCCUGGGGGCUGUGGCAUUGCUGCUUCUCAUUUCGCUGGCUGCACACUUGUUCAGGUGGCCCAGCAACUGCAGGAGGAGCCCUUCGGGGCAGGGAUGCUCUGGAGGGGCCGUGGAGGAGGCUCCGCUGUAUGGGAACCUACAUUAUCUACAGACAGGACGGCUGUCUCAAGAACCAGGGCCAGAGCAGCAGGAGCCAGCCCCUGGAGGCCCUGCCAGGGCUGCAGAGGAGGUGAUGUGCUACACCAGCCUGCAGCUGCGACCUCCUCAGGGCCGGAUCCCUAGCCCUGGGACCCCCAUCAAGUACUCGGAGGUGGUGCUGGACUCAGAACCGAAGCCCCAGGCCUCGGGCCCGGAGCCAGAGCUCUACGCCUCAGUGUGUUCCCAGACCCGCCGAGCCCGGGCUUCUUUUCCCAACCAGGCCUAUGCCAACAGCCAACCUGAAGCCAGCUGAGGGGGAGGCCUGGCACCACGGGGCCUGUGUCGCACCCCUGGUUCCCCUGGAGUAGGGCCUUCUGCUACCCAGCACGGCACUGUUUCCCAACCAACCCGAAAGACUGGGAGACAUUGCUGGUCUCAGGGUGCGAUCCACUCCGAACUUCCAAUCUGAGCUGUCAGGGAGACACCUUAGGAAUGGAAGCCGCUGGGUUCUUGCAGAUGGGGAAGUAAAGGUAGUGGCCCCCUCCUCACUUUUUCUCUGUUCCCCUCUGGGCCCAGACUCCAAGGUCCUCGCUUCUUCCUCCUUCCGGAGCGUAACCAGAUCCUCCCCCCACCUCACGGUCUGCCCCGACACCUCAGUGUCUCCUCAGGCACAGGAAGUGGGCAGUGGGGGAGGGUAAGAGCCUGAGAGGAUGUGGGUGGGUAUAUUCCUCGGCAGCCCACCGGCUGGAUGGGUCUUGGGGCCCAGGGAACCGAGGAACCCAAGCCUGGCUUCUGACUUAAAAACCGUGGCAGGAGAAUACAGGCUGCAUCCUUGUCAUACCCAAGUUUUCAAAUAAGACGUCUCAAAAAAUGUUUAGAUUUUACCUAGAGGGCUGCAGACCUGCAACAACCCCACCACCACCACCACCAGGGAGGGGGUGCGAACUUUGGCGUCUGCACAGAGCACUUGUUGGGGUGCCUACACAGGGAAGAGGGGCCAGGGGAGACUGCUGCAUCCAUGCCACAGAGAGGGUGCGGGGGUGGGGGUUGCGCUCCGUGCUCAUGGUGCAGCAAGAACCUGCCCAGCAUCUGCACUCGGAGCCACUGCAUCUCCCCUGAGGUCUGCAAGCUCACCAGCCCCUGGCUACUAUGACCUCUGUAACUGCUGUCACCCCCACCCCUGCAGACCUAGCCCCUCCAUCAUCUCCCCCAUCAGUCCUCUCCGUCCCCCAGGAGUUGCACCAUACCCUGUUUUGGCACCAACAGCACUGCCUUUACUCUGUCACCUGUAUACCUCCACUGGCCCUCUCCUCACUGCAUCACUAUGGCAACAUCCUCUCCAUCUCUACUUCCCUCUCUCAAUUGUCACCUGGAGUCCUGGCAAUAGCUUUGCUGGUCACUACUUCCAUUUUAUUACUUUUUUUGAGAAAGGGGCACUCUUGACAGGGUCUUGCCAUGCCUCAGUCCUCCCCUCAGCCUGCCAGUCAGCCAGGAUCACAGACAUGCACACGCAUCCAGCAUGCUCAGGUCACAGGGUCUGAACCUGGGUCUCCCAGGGGGCUCCAGUAUUGUAUAGCGGUGUCCUGUGGCCUGGGCCACCGCGGUGAGGCCAACCACGUUCAUUUUAAUACCCAUCCAAUCUGCCUUGCCUGUCCAUCCAUCACUGGCUUUUUUGUUUGCUUGUUUGUAGGUUUUUGCCAUAGAGUGUGUGGGUGCUCACCGGAGAGACAGAGAGAGGGAAAGUGAGAAAUCACCCCUCAGGGGCGACUGCCACACUGCAAU